AUGCCCGAUUUGGGCCUAGUGAGUUGCUUGCGGCGUGCUUGGGGCCUGCAGGCUGGAAGGGAGAACGCCCAACUUGUUCAAUUACUGAUGAUGGCUGCAUUGACCCUCCAACCGGCCCGGCCUUCCAAUGCUGUGCCGCACUUUACGCCCGUUUUCGGGGGCUAUCCCAGCCUAUCAGACCGAGCCUGCUGCAGUCUCCGUCAGCAACCAUCCCAGGAUGUUGGGGGUCCCGGGUUGAUCGGCCCUUCUACCAGCAGUGCGCUGGUGGUGACUGAGCUCUUUUGCCCCAGUAGCCUACAGGUUAUGAGACCAUUUAGCGUGAGCCCCGCUGUGGUCAACAUGCAUGGGUUCAAUCCCAGAAUGGACUUAAAUUCCAAACAAAUACCCCGGACAUUUAACAGUGUCAAGAGACAUCCUAGGACUGGUCCGAGGGGGGGUGUUGGGGGUCCCGGGUUGAUCGGCCCUUCUACCAGCAGUGCGCUGGUGGUGACUGAGCUCUUUUGCCCCAGUAGCCUACACAGGAUAUCCGGUGGUCUGGGCGAUGACAAACAUUACCACCCAAGGCUUUUAUUUCAGCCAUUUUGCCACAGAUCUGUUGGGGGUCCCGCGGUUGAUCGGCCCUUCUACCAGCAGGCGCUGGUGGUGAUUGAGCUCUUUUGCCCCAGUAGCCUACAGAUUAUGAGACCAUUGAACUGCCAAGAGACAUCCCAGGAGUGUGCCCUAGAAGUCCCUUGA